AUGGGCCCCUCUCGCUCCGCAUCUCCCGGGACUUCCCGCGUUUCCCUCUCGUCGGCCUCUCGUCGUGCUCCCUCCCCAUCGCGUUCCUAUGCCGCACCCUCCCUCACCGCGCACCCACCCGCGCACUCCGCGGGGUUGUCGGCCGGGCCUUCCGCCUACACCGCGCCAUCACAUCAAAUAGUUCCGCCGCCGCCGCUUUUCGGAACCUCCUCAUCCAAUCACCGACCCUCCUCUCCCUCCCUUUCCUCCGCCUCUCCCUCCCGAUCCAUCUCCGCGACUGCCGCGAACAAGCAUUCGCAGCGUUACACCCUCCCUUCGCCAAUCUCCAUUCCGUCCCUCAACCUGACGAGUCCCAGGCACAGCUCUCCGCGCGUCACGCCCCGAAGCUCCAUUGCGAGCCUGCUACCCAGCUUCGGCAGGUCCGGGGUUUAUGGCGGGGGAGGCGGCGUAGGAAGCGGAUUCGGAGAGGUGAGAUACGGUGAUCGUAGUUUGGAUGCGGGACAGCCGUCGGGGCCAAUACCACCGGGACCUAUCACAUCCGCAUCGGCAACAGCAGCUUCGUCGUCCUCCGCGCUUGUAGCGGCAGCAACGGCGGCGGUUGCAGCGGCAGCAGCUGCGGAGAGCGCCGCUGCGCCGGUGACCGCACGGGGAAGCAGAAGCGGAACGCCGGAUUCGCGCCGCCAGCUGUUCCCAGGCGCGGAAGCGCGUGGAAUCUCCCUACCUUCCGCGCCGCCCGUAAACUCUGCUCUUGCCCCCGCAACUCAGCUUCAUAACGUCGCACCUGCGCCCGUCCGCACUCCCCGCCCCGCCAGCCCCGUGCUCCCUGGUGACCGUGUGGAACGGUCCGCGGAAGGGGAGUGGUCAGGAGGCAUGGGCGGAGGGGUUAUGCGCGGCUUGAGCGGAGGCGCGGGGGAAACAGGCAGUGGAGUGAGGGAUGGGGGGGGGAUUGGCGCAAUGAGGACUGUGACAGCUGCGCUGGGGGAAAGCGGCGGAAUGGGGAGGGGGAAAGGGAGCUUUUCUAGCGGGCAGCAGCAGCAGCAGCAGCAGCAGCCGCACAACCGGCGGUGGACGAAUGACGGGUCUGCGGGAGGCGGGGCGGUUUGCGCGUCUCCCGCUUCCGCCGCAGCCACGGGGAGGCCGGAUGCGGACAUGGCGGACUUGCGCUCGUUUGCGGGGGACGAAUUCGCGUGCAGCAGCGCGGGGAGUCAGCGGAAGGUGGAGCGGAAGGACAGGUGCGCUGACGGGGACGGAACACCAGCGGGCGCGGCGCCGGCUGGUGCGGGAACCAGAAUCGGGCGCGAAGGGGGAGAAGGCGGAGGAACAGACCGCGCCGGCGCGGUGGCGGGGGUAGGAAGAGCCAGCUUGGGGGCAGGCGCAACAGGGGGAAUGCCUAGAAUUGGCAGAGGAACUGUGGGUGCGGGAGGUCUACGAUCUAGCGCGGAAGGGAUUGGGGGAGUAGCAGCGGGAAUCGCGGCAGGCAUGUCGGCACAACCCGCUUCGGGGCGGAUACCGUCCGCUUCCGCUUCCGCGCCGGGAGCAGCAGCAGCAGCGGCGGCGGCUGCGGCGCCAGCACGCGCGAGCGGGGAUCUUGCAGUUGCGAUGGCGGAGGCUGCGGGGGCGGAAACGGGGAGCGGAAGCAACAUCCACGCUACUGGCUUGUAUCGAAUGGCAGCGAAGACGCGUUUAUGGAGGACGCGCGAGCCCGGAAGCGCGGUGCUGCGCCACGGGUCCAUCGUCGCGCUCGCGCUGGGCAGCAAGCUGCUGGCAGCCGUCGAAUCCAACGGCCGCUGGGAGCUCGGAACGGUCGAUCCGAGCACCGAGCCGGCAGGCGCCGGAUCAGGCGCCGCGAGCGACGGCGCGGGGCCCUGCAACGGGGAUGUGCAGGCCGCGGCGGCAGCUGCGCCGGCAGCGGCGGCUAAUAGUGGUGGCGCUGACGGUCUCUGUGCAGAUGCUGGCGGCGGCCGCAGCGGCGACGGUGCGUUAAUCGGCGGCGCGGGCCCCUUGAAUGGCGGCGGGAUUGGCGGGGCGUGGCCCGUGGAGAGCCUGUUCUUGCUGGUGUGCUUCGGAGGGGGGCGCGUGGGGCUGCGGUCCCUGGCUGCUGACGGGCGGUGCCUGUCCGCCGCUGGCAGCGCGGACGAAUGCCACUACUUCGCUGGAUGGCACUUUCAAGAGCCAGAGGUAUGGUGCAUGCCGCCAGACCUCUCCGCCCUUCCGCCCGCUCCUGCUGUUGGUGACGGCAAGGAGGCGCGCGGGGCACAGGCGGAGGGGGGUGCGGAGGAGACGGCGGAAACGGGAGAGGGGAAGGAGAGGGCACAGGCGGGAGGGGGAAGGGGAGCGGAGGUGGCGAUAGGCGGGUGGUGCGAGGAGGUGGGGGGGGUGGUGGAGGGUGCAGUGGUGCUGCGCAGUGUGGUGCACCCGCAGUCCGUGCUGCCUGUGCGCGUGGUGGGCAUGGUGGGCGGCAGCUACAGGCAGUGGAAGCACAUGCAGCAGGAAGCGGUCACAGCUGCUGGGCUGAGGGGACAGUAUGUCACCCGCCUGCUCUCUGCGCUUUCACUCUCCGCUUCCUCCUCCCUUUCCUCCCUCCUCCUUCUGUCCUUCCAAUAUUUCUCCUCCCUUCGUUCCUUGUUCCCUCCUGCUCUCCUUAUCUUUUCCAUCCAACGCCCACCCGUCCUACCAUCUGCCUGCAUUCGCGUGCUUACCCCAGCAUUCCCCUCUUUAUCCCCACUGCCUGACCCACAUCCCCCUUGCCUCGUCAUCCCUCCCCUCGCUCCUCUUCCCAUUCCAUCCCAUCUUCCAUUCUCUCUACUCCCUACUCUCCCACUCCCUUCCCUGCCACACUUGUCCACUCCCGACCCCUGCUCCCGCAUGCAUCUCGCGCAGCUGGAGGAGGAGAUCCGAGCCAAGGCACAAGGCGCCUCCUCGCACUCCUCCCCUUCCCCCUCCCCCUCCCUCGCCUCCUUCCCUUCCUGCUCCUCCUCCUCCUCCGCUGCCUCUGACAGCGACCAGGGCAAGCCGGCCAAGCCUGACGUGCCUUCUGCUGCUCCAUCUGCUACUGCUGCUGCCACUGCCGCUGGUGGUGCUGCGGCAAUGGCACUGGCGUCAGGAGCAGGUGUGACAGCUGCUGCUGCUGGGGACGCUCCGCCUGCAUCCGCCGGCACAGGAAAGACAGAGAGGCAGUUGGCGGAAGCAGAGGCGGAGAGGGAUCGGCUGCAGGCGCGGGUGAAGGAGCAAGGGGAGCAGCUGGAGGGCGCGAGGAGCGAGGCACAGGGGCUGCGCGAGAGGAUGCGGCAGAUGGAGCUGAGGGCGCUGGAAAUGGAAGGGCUGCUGUCCAUGCUCAGACAGCAGAUGCCCACUCUUGAUCUCCCCGUGCCGCUCCCACUGCCGCUGCCUCGCGCUGUGAGCCCUGAGUUGUCACAUGGGCUCCAGGCUGCUUCCCGUGUUGACACCCAAGCUCAAACUCACGCUCCUGUUGUUCCCGCUCCUCCUCCGGCUGAUGCUGCUGGUGGUGCUGGGAGUGGUGCUGCACCUGCCAUUGCUGGAAUGAGCAGCAGCGAUGAGAAGGAGUGGGAGCAGGGAGUGGUGGGGAAGACGUACGAAGGCGGGGAGGGAGUGGAUGGAGCAGGGAUGGUCCACCCUGUAGCAUCCACCCCUCCGCUCUCCCCGUCUCUCGCUGCCUCGCAGCCCCAAGCCACAUCCAUGUUUGAAUCCCCUAUUCUCGCCCCAGAUUCGCCGCUGCUUCCUCAACCGAGCACCUCCCCUCUUCCGUCACCGAGCGUCAGUCUCGAGUGUCUGGCUAUGGGGGCUCAGCUGGAGGCACAGGCAGCAAGGGCGGAGGAGAAAGCAGAGAGCGGUGGUGGCAGGGGUGGCGUUCAUAAUGACUUUGGGCGGUUUGGAGGAGCAGGUGAUGUGGAGAAGCGCUGGCAAGCGCAGCUGCAGCAGCAACAGCAGCAGCAGAAGAAAGAGGUGGGAUGCGGAGAGCGGGCUUUGGACGGGCUGUAUAGCCGACCUGCUGCUGGCUCGGCUGAUGACGCUGCUGACGCUCGUAGCGCUGGUGCCAGUGCUGGUGCUGCUGGUUCUGGUGCUGGCGCUGGUGGUGUGGAGAGGAAAGAGAGCAAGGAGGAAAGAGAUGCUGGUUUCUCUAUUGAGCAUGGCGGACAGAAGGACGGAAGGGUGGGGCAAGAGGGCAAAGAGGUGCGGGACGCGAAGGGAGGGAAGGAGGGGAGCGCGAGCGGCAGUGGGAGGAGUGGAGGAACAAAGGGCCUGGCCCGUGCCCUGUCUGGUAUCCUGGGCAGCCCUAGGAGGCGCGAUGCUGGUCCGUCAUCAUCAGCAGCAGCACCAGCAGCACCAGCAGCAGGAGGGGGAGGGGGAGGUGGAGGAGGGAUAGGGGGGGGAGGAGGAAGGGGAGGGGCAGGGGAGCCGUUGCUACGCAGGAGCUUCUCGCCCAUGCGGUCCACCAGAGGGUGGCUGGGAGUAGGCGCAGGUGGAGGAGCCGGUAUGGCGCCUGGCGCUGCUGCUGCUGCUGCUGCUGCAGCUGCAAACAAAGCGGCACUGGCAGCGGCAGCUGGAGCAGGAUCAGCUGCAGGUGCUGGGGUGGGUAGCAACAGCGGGAGUGAGGUGCUUUGGGCGUGUCAUGCCAGCAACACGACUUCGAGCAGCUGCAACACCACUGGUAAUGACGCUGCGCACAGUGCAAGCACGGGGAUGAUGCAGCGCGGUGGCGUUCGGAACAGUCACGGUAGUAACAGUAACGCUUUUGCGUGUACUGCCUCGAGUUACAUGCAGCGGGCCAGCGUGAGCCAAUCAGGAAUCGCCACGUCAGUCACCUCCCUGCACGCUGCUGGUUCGGAUGCUUCAGGUGGGGGAACAGCAGCAGUGGUAACACCUGGUGUUACACCUGGAGUCACCCCUGGGGCUACACCUGGCGCCACUCCUGGUGCCACACCUGGCGCCACUCCUGCUGUGUCCGUAUCUGCAUCCCUGGUCUCCCUGUCAGGGGUGAGUGAGAGUGUGGAGGGGCCAGUAUGGAACGAGGUCAUGAUGUUCGGAGGAGGAGGAGGGGCGAGUGGAGGGGUGGGGAUGGGUGGAGAUGGUGUUGGUGCUGGCGCUGAUGGUGUGGAGGGUAGCGGGGGUGGAAGUGGUGGCGGUGGUGGCAGCAGUGCUGGUGGGCGCAUGGGUGGCGAUGGUGGUGGCGGGAGGAGCAGAUGGUUUGAAACAGCGGGGGCGAGUGCUGCUGCUGCUUCUGGUACUUUCGCCAGUGAGAAUAAUAAUGAUGUUGAUAUCGACAUAGGUGAAAAUGAUCAUGCUGACAGUGGUGACGCUUCUCGGGUGGCUGCUGCAGCGACGGCUGAGCGAGGAGGCAUGGAGGAGAGUGGUGUUAGCGGCACAAGGGACGGAGGCACGAAGCAGCAGGUGCAGGGGGGGCAGCAGUCACCGGAUAUGGCAUGGCUACACAACCUCAUCAAAGAGGCACGCAAGGCAACGGUGUCAGCAUCGACCGUGCUCUCUACCUCACAUGCCUCUCAUGCCCCACAUUCCUCACACGCCCACCAUCCUGCUGCUGCUAAACGUUCUGUUACCACCUCUGCCAUAGCAACAUCGGCAGUUACCAUGUGUGCCGUGACCCCUCAGGGUCACCCCAACCCCAAUGGCCUAGUCCAAUCCUCUGAUGGACCAUCACCAGGAGCAGCAAAGGAAGAAACAGCAGGAGCAGAAGAAGAAAUUCUAGCAGGCGGAGGAGGAGGAGUGCUUUCUGGUGCAGGUGCAGUGGGUGGCGCUGGUACAAGCGGGCCAAAGGAGCUGAGUCAUUCUGUGACUGACCAUCGAGGGAGAGAGGGAGGUGGAGGGUCGGUGGUGGAGGAGAUGGGGGAGGGGCCUUGA